GUUUACUUGUAUUUAGUGGUUAAAGGAGGAAGUAUAUCACUCCACCUGAAAUAAAGUUUAUAAAUAAUGUGGUAUCGAGUAUUAUUUAAUGCUGAUUAAUUUUAAAAUAAAUUCUAGAUACCGUUAUUUUUUAUAACAAGUUAAAAUAAAUUUUAAAAAAAUGGGUCCGCCAAAAAGAAUUAAAAAAGAUGAACGCACAAAAUCAAAGAAACGUAAAGAAGAAGAGGAUUACAAUGAUGAUGACUAUGGAGAUAAUAUAGACACUGAUGGUAUACCGGAUGCUGCAAAAAAUGAUGUCGAGAAAUUAGAAGGAAAUGUGGAAGAGGAUGAUUAUGGAGCAAAAAAUUACACGAAACUGAUGCCCCUGAAACCUGACAAUGAGUCGAGACCUAUAUGGGUUGCACCUAAUGGCCACAUUUUCCUCGAGUCAUUUUCUCCUGUUUACAAACAUGCUCAUGAUCUUUUAAUUGCCAUAUCUGAACCUGUAUGCAGGCCAGAACACAUUCAUGAGUAUAAGCUGACAGCAUAUUCAUUAUAUGCAGCUGUCAGCGUUGGUUUACAAACAAACGAUAUCAUUGAAUACCUAAAUAGACUGAGUAAAACUGAAAUCCCUGCAGGAAUAGUAGAAUUUAUUAAAUUAUGUACAUUGUCCUAUGGUAAAGUAAAACUUGUCUUGAAACACAACAAAUACUUUAUAGAAUCUUCAUCCCCAGAAGUAAUACAAAGAUUAUUAAAAGAUCCAGUAAUUCAAGAAUGCAGAUUAAGAAAAAAUAUUGAAGAGACUGAAAAAGAUGGAUUAAUAGUAAGUGUUCAAAGUAAACAAAAAGCAUUGCAAUUCGGUGCGAAACCAUUGCCAAAUGCUCAGCCAACAACGUCAAUAGAAAAAACAGAAAAUCCAGAACAAGUAACAAGCGAAACUGCAGCUAUUCCAGAAGACAUAACGAAUUUUUUUGAUAAAAUGGACAAAGAAGAUGAAGAUGAAGAGGAAGAACAAGAAUUAAAAAUUGUCAGCUUUGAAGUAAAUCAAGAGAAAAUAGAAGUCAUUCAGAAACGAUGUAUUGAAUUGGAAUAUCCUUUACUAGCGGAAUAUGAUUUCAGAAAUGAUACGGUUAAUGCAAAUAUUAACAUUGACCUCAAACCAUCAGCAGUAUUGAGACCUUAUCAAGAAAAAAGCUUACGAAAAAUGUUUGGAAACGGUAGAGCUCGUUCUGGAGUAAUUGUAUUACCUUGUGGAGCUGGAAAAAGUUUAGUCGGGGUAACAGCGUGUUGUACAGUCCGAAAAAGAGCUCUAGUUCUUUGCAACUCUGGAGUCUCUGUAGAACAAUGGAAGCAACAAUUUAAAAUGUGGUCGACAGCAGAUGAUUCCAUGAUUUGUCGUUUUACUAGUGAAGCUAAAGACAAACCUAUGGGAUGUGGAAUUCUUAUAACGACAUAUUCGAUGAUAACUCAUACACAAAAACGAUCUUGGGAAGCAGAACAGACUAUGAAAUGGCUUCAAGAGCAAGAAUGGGGUAUAAUGGUUUUGGAUGAAGUCCAUACAAUUCCUGCAAAAAUGUUCAGAAGAGUUUUAACCAUUGUUCAAUCACAUUGUAAACUUGGAUUGACUGCAACUUUACUCAGAGAAGACGACAAAAUUGCUGACCUCAACUUUCUAAUCGGCCCCAAGUUGUAUGAGGCUAACUGGCUAGAGCUACAGAAGAAAGGAUUUAUCGCAAGAGUUCAGUGUGCUGAGGUAUGGUGUCCAAUGGUAUCAGAAUUCUACAGAGAAUAUCUAACCUGCAAAAUGAAUAGAAAACUGUUACUUUAUGUGAUGAACCCAAAUAAAUUCCGAGCUUGUCAAUUUUUGAUAAGGUACCACGAGAGAAGAGGAGAUAAAACGAUUGUUUUCUCUGAUAAUGUGUUUGCUUUAAAGCACUAUGCUAUAAAAAUGAAUAAACCUUAUAUUUAUGGGCCAACAAGUCAAAGUGAAAGAAUUCAAAUUCUUCAAAAUUUUAAAUACAACACCAAAGUGAAUACUAUUUUCGUCAGUAAAGUCGCUGAUACUUCUUUUGAUUUGCCAGAAGCCAAUGUUCUGAUACAAAUCUCUUCACAUGGUGGAUCUAGAAGACAAGAAGCUCAGCGUUUAGGAAGAAUUUUGAGAGCAAAAAAAGGUGCUAUCGCUGAAGAAUACAAUGCUUUCUUUUACACUUUAGUAUCCCAAGAUACGAUGGAAAUGAAUUACUCAAGAAAACGUCAACGGUUUUUAGUAAAUCAAGGAUAUGCUUAUAAAGUGAUUACUAAAUUAGCUGGGAUGGAUGAAGAACCUGAUUUAUUGUACAAAACCAAAGAAGAACAAGCUCAACUUUUACAACAAGUUGUAUUAGCAAAUGACACAGAUGCUGACGAAGAGAGGAUUCCUGGAGAAGGUCCUCGACCGGCUUUUCGGAAGGCUGGAAACUUGUCUUCAAUGUCUGGAGCAGAUGAUGCAGUGUAUUAUGAAUAUAAAAAACCAGCUUCAUCAUCAACAGCAAAUAAACAUCCACUAUUUAAGAAAUUCAGACCAUGAAAAUUAAUAUUCCUUCGAUUAUCUUUAUUAUUACUUAAACUUUACAAUUAGAGUAAGUCGUAAAUUAUGAA